GUGCUGCUGACACCUCUGGCACAAGCUGAAGAGUUAUGUGGCUUUUUGACCAUAAUCACACAAUAUGAACCUAUAAACUAUAUACCCCAGGCCGGUACUGGGGACAGCGUAUCCCAGAUUCAGACCACCAACUCCACCAUGGCCAGUCUGACUGAGGAAAUGUUUCGCAAUGCUACUAUAAGUUUAAUGGCCGACGUGACAGAAUGGACCGCGAAGCCGGUCUACCAGUACAAUGCGAGCACUCUUUGGAUAGUAUAUGGGAUCGCUAUCGGCCUAUCAUUCCUGAGCGUAAUAUCAGGGACCAUUGUCGUGGUGAUCUCGAGAGCUUCAUACAGCAGUCAGUUCUCUACGAUUUUAAGAGUCUCUCACCAUGUGGAAUUGCCAGCCCAAGUAGAGCCUCGGGAUGCAAGCGGAAAGUACCCCCUCCCUAAAUACCUACAGGACGCAGUGCUCCAGUUCCCUCCUGAGAACAAUACGAAGGCGUCCAGCUCAAGCCCCAGCCAGCAGGAACGCGACCUUGUCCAGAUCCCGCUGCUGUGGCGCAGGCGCAACGAUUCAUCACCAGAACCCAGAUUUUGA